AUUUCGACUUGCCUGCAGUAAUAAUUCUUAUUAAUAUGAGUUACACUUCUUUACAUAUGAGUUACAACAUUCAUUUUACUGGUACAAAAAGAAAAAAAAAAUAAUUACUAUACACGUUGUAUUGUUCACACGAUUUUUUUUAAAUGAUUAAAACAUGUAAUGACGUGGAAAACUUUGGUGCCACCAAAAAAAUCCCCUGCUAAUCGUUUAGUGGUAGAACAGCGUGAACUUGCGGAUUGAGGAAAGAGGAAAUUGUGGAUAAGAUUGCCCUCAGCUAAUCCCCAUGUUACCACCAACAAUUUCCUUACAUUGAAAUGCAGGCAUUCAUCUUCUAACUAUCCAUCCAUCCAUCCUGCUCUCCUUUACCAUUUUACUGGGCAUAAUGAAAUUCAAUGUAAUCAAAUGUAUGUAUGUGAUGUAAAUCUACACCCAAGUCUCGCCCCAUCAAACCUGAGCUAUGCCACCAACAGUUAUUCAGCCUGGUAGAUUUGCCUGAUCAAACUUUUUACACUCCUGGAGCUUUUUAUGUGGGCAGAAUCAGAAGAGGCUUUCACCCUCUUGGUGGUUUAAAAGGAAAGUAGUGCAAUAUGGGUUUACCCUCUUGAUUGUUAAAAAUUGAAACGGAUUAAUAUAGAUUUUAUUCUCAAUCUGGUAAAAAAGAAAAUUUUUAAGGGCUUGUUUUGUUCGAAGUUUUCAGGGAAAAGGAGAGAGGAGGGUUGAUUUUUAUUUUACUAAUUUAUCUGUAUGUGUUAGUGUUAGACUAGAAAUAACUAUAUGAUUAGUAAUACCAUGCAGUUCAAUAUAGUUUUUUAUCUACACUUUAUUAUCAACAAUCUGAAUGUAGAAAUAAUAUGAUAAAUGAUUGUAAUACCUCCCCUUCCUUCUAUGGAAUUUCCAAAUCAGACAAACCUUAAUCAGAUAACAUUUAACACUUGCAGGCUGAUGAUGUUAGAAAGUAAUUGACUUCAUUCAGUCCCAUUUUCCCAAUAUCGUUGAUUUCAAAAGCUGACAUGUCUUCAUAUGCCAUAUUUGUAGGAUUCUUGCUUUUGAUGUGGCAGUGCAUAGUUGCAUACUCUUUGUUGGAUGAAAUAAUAGCCCCCCCGACCGCCUAUGUUCUAAGGUAUUUGCAUUAAGAGGCAGAUAGUAUGGGAAAAGUCGCUAAAGAUGAUUCAAAUCGUAUUAAUGCAGAAAAGAAUAAUAAGGGAUUAACCUCAAACACUUCGCAAAGCUCAGCAUCGCCUACCACGGAACCUGAUGUGCAUGAAGGCCAAUUGCAUUUUAUUUCACGAUCAUUAAGCUUCCCUACCCAAGUUGGCUGUGCUGCCUGUCAGGGAAACAGAAAAUGCCAGACCGUCCAUUUAAAAACAAAGAGCAUGAAGAUAUCGAUAGACAGAGGGAAACCUCAAGAAGUCCAUGUUAUACACAAAGGCCUAAUAGAAGGAGGACAUAGGCCGACUGUUGUAACAUACACUAAUCUAUUAGUAGCCUUGACUCUCCAGAAACGUUUCAAGUCCAUUCCCCCGCUUCUCACAAAGAUGGAAGGGAGUGGAUUAAAACCCGACUUGUUUUUCUUCAAUGCCAUGAUCAAUGCCUUUUCUGAGUCUGGAAAUGUCAAUGAGGCCCUUAGAAUCUUCUGGAAAAUGAAGGAGGAGGGGUGCAAGCCCACAGUGACUACUAUUAAUGCGCUGAUCAAAGGAUUUGGAGUGAUUGGUAAGCCUGAAGAAGCUUUGAAGCUCUUAGAAAGGAUGUCACUAGAAGAAAAUGUGAAAGCAAAUGCGAGAACUUAUAAUGUUGUUAUACAAUCAUGGUGUAACCAGAACAAUGUUGAGAAAGCAUGGGAAGUAGUUCAUAAAAUGGUUAAGAUUGGUUUGAAACCUGAUGCUUUCACAUAUAACACAAUAGCGAGGGCCUAUGCACAGAAUAAUGAGACAAGCAGAGCAGAAGCAUUGAUUUUUCAAAUGCGCAAUGAAAAAGUGGAUCCCAAUGUAAUAUCAUGUGGCAUCAUUGUGGAUGGGUACUGCAAAGAAGGCAACCUGGCAGAUGCAUUAAGAUUCUUAUACAGUAUGAGGGAUUUCGGCCUGCGUCCUAAUCUGCAUAUAUUCAACUCUCUUAUCAAAGGUUUUCUAGACUCAAAUGAUGCAGAUGGAGUUGACGAGGCACUAACAUUGAUGGAAGAAUUUGGGGUGAAGCCAAACGUGAUCACAUUCAGCACCUUGAUGAACAUGUGGAGUUCAUCCGGACUAACAGAAAAAUGUGAAGAAAUAUUCAAAGACAUGAUCAAGUCUGGAAUCCAACCCGAUGCCCACACAUUCAGCAUCCUUGCAAAAGGAUACGUUCGUUCUGGGCAACCGGAAAAGGCCGAAUCGCUCUUGGAGCUAAUGGCAGCCCAUGAUGCCUCCCCAAACGUGGUGAUGUUCACAACAAUAAUCAGCGGCUGGUGCAGUGCGGGAAAAAUGGAGCAUGCUUCCGGAUUGUACCGAAAGAUGCUUCAAAUGGAUGUCCAGCCAAAUCUUCAAACCUUUGAGACCCUUAUUUGGGGUUAUGGUGAAGCAAAGCAGCCAUGGAAGGCCCAAGAGUUGAUUCAAAGUAUGGAGGAAAUGGGUGUUUCUCCAAGCAACAACACAUAUAAGCUUGUUGAAGAUGCAUGGAAUGCCGUUGGAUUAAUCAACGAGGCUAAACAAGUGUCAAAUUAUUAUUACCAUCACGAAGAAAAAGACUCACAAGGGAAAUUGAAUGGUUCUCUCUCGAACAAACAGGAAAUGCCAAGAUCUGUUAUAAGCAACAAAUCCAGCUCAAGAAAUUUCAGAUUUAGAAGCAAGGUGAUCAUGAAGAACUGUGGAUUUAAACUGAAGGCGUUGGUGGUAAGCCCAAUACCAAAGCACGUUCAUUUUGGAAUUCAUUGCUACAUGUAAAUAUGUCAUAACCUAAUUGUUCAUUUUAUCUGGCAAUAUAUGAGUGAUAUUGGUUAACUUCUUGAGUGUUUUCUUGAUUAAAAUUUGACAGAAAGGAAUAAAUAGGUGAGAAAUUUGGUAGAAUGACAAUUUCUUGUUUGUAGCAACAAUAAAUUUAUGAAAAGGGCCACAUUAGACACUAAAUAUUUUUUAAUGUCAUAUUGGUCAGGUUUCAUAUAGAUUAAACACACUAUGGUUUAAUGUGAAUCUCAUAUUGAUAUGUAUGAAUUUCGAUAAUAUGGU